AAGCAUUGGUCUCACUGAUGGUGACUGUAAGGAAAAGUAAGCUCGGAUCUGCCAUGCAGGAGGACCUUUCUAUUUACAUCAACCUAAUUAGAAAAAUGAAAGCCUUAAGGAAAAAAUACUGUAAACUCCCCAACGUGACACACCCACACUUGACUGUGUUGGAAAGCUCUCCCUGUCCUGUGCUUCUAGGAGAGAAGGCUUAUACCUGAUAGUACCAGCUGGACUGGAGGGGAAAGUGCUCUCUGAGUAUCUGCUGCUGAUUUGAUGUAGUUUGGUGUGAGUAGUAACCCAACAAGCCCUCUGCACAACACUAAAACCAAGAGAAAAUCGGUGGUCUGAGAGGAAAGGGGAGGUCUAGAAAAACUGUCAUUCUUACAGCCUUGAGAGCUUUAUUGCUGAGGCAGGAGUGAUAGGACUGUCAGCCCGUCAGGCUUGCUCUGAAUUUCAUUCAUCUGCCUCCUCUGAGUGAAGUCAGCUGUGCAGGGAUGAGCUUCUUGACAGUGUGAGGGUUUCAAAACCUGCUAGCAUGGGGCAGGAAGGUAACUAGUAGCUCAUAGAGGUAUAGCAUUACAUUUUAAGACGGAUUCAAGUGUUUCGCAUCUCUGGUGCUGGUGAAAGGUGCUGUAACAAGAAUCCUGAGGCUGCUUUUCUCUGUGAGUGAAGGACGUCCAUGUGAACGAUUGCAAUCCUUCUUGCUCCUCCCAUCGCAUCCUGCCACACUGCAUAUAGCUGAGAGAGCUGAAAAGGAACUCCCCGCUACUGUCAAGGAGCUGAAUUCCUGUGCUUGUGAAACAGCACACGGUGUGGUUUGAUGGAGAUGAGAUAAAUAAGACGCACGGCUGGAGUAUCUGCCUGGGAUGCUGCGGCUCUUUCUUUGUUCCAGUUGAUGCUGGGGGCUGCUGGAGUAUUGCUCUAACACAUCACCAAAAUGAGUGAAAAGGAAAACGAAGGAGAUCCAGCAUAUAUGGAUGAUUUAAGAGAAUGUGAAGAAUAUGAGGAUGACUUUGAGAAAGAUCCCGAAUGGCUAAGUGAUGAAGAAGAAAAAGAAAAUCUUGAUGAAAGAGAGAAUCCUGAAGAAAAUGAAGAGGAUCACGAAGCACAAGUUGUUAAAGUUGCAGACAAGUUUGAGGAGGAUGCUGAGGAAAUGGAAGAAAAUCCAGGUCAGCUUUCAGAGGUGGAUGUAGAUGCAAAGGUGAAACACUCCAAUGAAGAGAGUUUGGAGUCCAGGUCUGAUAUGAAACAGGAAGACCAUGUAUCUGAUACGGAUAGUGAAAGCUCUAGCCAGGAAUCCAAAUUGGAAAACCAUCAGGAACUGGAUGAGGAAGAAGAUGAAGAAAUAAAGCGUUACAUCUUGGAAAAGAUUGAAAAAGCCAACAAGAUGCUGGAGAAUCAGGCUCCUGUGGAUCAGAACAGAGAACGGAAAUUAAAAUUUAAGGAUAAGUUGGUGGAUCUUGAAGUUCCUCCUCUAGAAGAUGCUGAAGUCUGUAAAACUGACCUUGCAGGAGAUGAUGAUGUUUCAAAUAGGCUAUCUCAGUUGCAAAUUUCUAGUGAAAUGGGACAGGAAAGCACAUCAUUUUCUCCACAUGCUGUCAUGGAUGAGGAAAAUAAGGAUGGUAAAAUCCUAGUGGAAAAAGAUGGGAAAUUUGAACUCUUAAGUUUAUGUGAUCUUGAAAACCAGGGCUCUUUGCCCCCUAUAAGUGUUUCUUUUACCGAUAUUGAAACUCAACGUAUGUCUCCAAAAUCUUCACACUGCAGUCCUCUUGGCACUGUCUCUGGAAUGAAGGAAGUACCUCCAGUAAGACAAGGAGCACAUACUUUUUCUCCUGGUGGAGAUGAGAGUGUGCAUGUCCCUAAGCCUCCAUCUAACCCUAAGCGUCGUCCAAGUUCUGCUCUCAGUGCUGCAAGAGGUCUGGGAAGGCGGAAGACGCAACUGAGAGUGCAGUCUGCAAAUGCGCCUGUGAGAAGCUCCACUUACUGUCUUUCUCCCAGACAAAAAGAAUUGCGGAAACAGUUAGAACAAAGGAAAGAAAAACAGAAGAAAGAGGAAGAAGAAAGGAAAAGGGAAGAAGAAGAACAGAAGAGAAGAGAGAACGAGAUGGUUUUUAAAGCUUGGUUACAGAAGAAGAAGAAAGAACAAGUGCAAGAAGAAAAGCGAAUUCGUCGUGCAAAGGAGCUAGAAGACUUGAACAGCAAAGAGAGGAACAGGAAUCCAGAAGAAGCCUUCAAGUUAUGGCUUAAAAAAAAGCACCAAGAACACAUGAAAGAAAAACAGAUAGAAAUUUUGAGACGCCAAGCUGAGGGAAUUGCCUUAUUCCCAAGAACAGAGGAAUGCAACAGAGCAUUUAAAGAAUGGCUAAAAAGAAAGAGAGAAGAAAAACGAGCAGAAGAACUAGCUGCUAAAGAGAGAGCAAGGCAGUUCCGAUUAGAAGCCAGAAGAGCAAAACAGAUGCAGAGCAUCCACUGCAUUAGUUCAGAGCCUAAACCCUUUCGUUUCACAGACCAUUAUGGUUGAAAGUUUGAUGUAAACACAGAGUGCUUGGUGACAGCCCUCUUAAUGUUUAUGGCUUGAGUUUUUCCUCUUUACAGCUACUGAUUUUUUGUGGUGUUUUUAAAGCUUUCAAUCGAUUUAACAGUUCCCUUCACUGACAAUGAUUUUACUGUCUACUUAUUUGUAAUUUUGUUGAAAAGCCUGCUUUUAUGUCUAACUCAGGGAUCCUCUUGGUUUGACCAAAUCUAAACAAGUGUGAGAUCAAUACGCAAGGGUGGCAAAUACACAUUUCUGUCUUUUAAAGGCACUUUAUACUCAACUCCACCAUGAAUUCCUGGAUGCAGGCUAUUAUGUUGCAUUUUUGCUGGAUUAAUAUUGCUGUUUGCUGCUGCUUGUGAUGAAGAUUGUACAAGGUGUUGUGUUGUUGGAAAAUGCUGUUUCUUGUACCACCCACUCCCUAUUGAUCUGCUGAACAACUGUUAAUUCUGGCUGGACCAGAGGGCUAGGUUUAGUUUAGGGAAAGUGGUUAUGGAAGGCUAACACAUAUGUGAAUGUGCAACAGUUCUUGAGACUUAAAUUCUGUGAGUCCCUAUUCAGUAGUUUUCUAGUCCAUGGAAUCAAAAGCCUGUGUGAAUUAUGACCUUUACCAGUAUCAAGGAAGCUGGAUUGUUUGUAUUUAUUAUAAUAAAGUACAUCCCCUAACCCUGAGCUCGUCAACAAACAAGUCAAGGUCAUUCAUGAAAUUGUAAGUUAGUGGAAGAUGAGGAACAUUCUGUCCAGCUCUGCAUCCAACACCUUUGAAGAUCUGGCAUUGUUCUUACAUUUUUCCACAUUCAGAGUGUUUUCUGGAGGUCUGCAAAAGCGAGUUUGCCAUUUAUGUUUGCCUCUUAUGGUAUUUGGACAUAGGGGCCUGUUGAGAGUGCUGGUAUUUUACCAGAGGGGGCUGUGCUGCACCUUUUACCAGUAUUGAUAAGGGGCAUGGCUGUGAAAGGAAGGUUCCAGAUGCUAAUGAGAAACAAAUGAAGGGGGCCUACAAGAAAGCCAGGGAAUGACUGUCUACAAAGGCCUGUAGUGACAGAACAAUGGGCCAUGGGUAUAAACUGGAGAGGGGCAGAUUGAGACUAGAUGUAAGGAGGAAUUUUUUCACCAUGACAGUGGUGAGGCACUGGCACAGGUUGCUCAGGGAAGUUGUGGCUGCCCCAUCCCUAGAGGUUGGAUGAAGGCCUGACCUGAAGGCCAGGUUGGAUGGGGCCUUGAGCAACCGGUUCUGGUGGGAUGUGUCCCUGCCCAUGGCAGGGGGGGUGGAACUGGAUGAUUUUUAAGGUCUCUUCCAACCCAAACCAUUCUCUGAGUCUAUGAUAAGAAACAGGUGCCUUCCUUCUUCCUGCACCCUCUGGCACCAAGGGCAAGAAAUCCUUCUUAUGUCUAGAAAGCAAAUGCAAGAAGAGUGGUUGCAAAGGCUCACAGUAUCUCCCUAAUUUUAGUAAGGUACAAAACAAGUAAUACUUAGUUCAUUAUCUCAGACCAGUAGAGUGAAGGGCUUUACAGUUCAAUGUCAUAUAGCUCCUUCUGUGCUGCAGAAAACACACAGUCGGAGCUACAGCUGUAUUAAAUCCAACAUUGCAACUUGAAAGCAAUCAAAGUUUAUUGUAGUUUUCUUCAUGCAAACCAAAGUAUGGGCAGCAACAGCAAGAAUUUGUAACUUGCCUAUCCUGAUUGUUAUAUGAGACUCAAAGGAAUAAAUAACUAUUUCACCAACUCCUUCCCCAAACUAGACAUGAUAAAUUUGGGAGCAAAACUAAGAAAUCCAAGUGCAUAUUUGCAUCCUCCUACCUUUCUGCUUAACAUUUACAACUUAAAUAGGCUUCUUUAGACUUGGCAGAUUAUCUGCUAAGUUUUUGUUUGAACCUACAUCAAGAUUAUAAAACCAUAUAAGUAAAAAUAUAUUUUUUUUUCAGUGGUACCAGUGCAAACUUAGUGCUUGUCUCUGGCUUCCCACAGCACCAGUGAGACCCUGGGCAAGGACAGAGUUCUAAUGCUCAGUCAGGUUUCAACACUGUAUGCUAAAGGAGGCAUAUCAGUCCGUCUGUACUGAGCAUCAGCCACGCAACAGCUUCACUCUAAAAGCUGAAACAGAUGGAAAAGCGAUCAUUUUAGCUUUAUGGAAACCAGAAUAAUUUCACCCCACAGUUUUCCAUAAUGCAUUUAAAACUGGUUACUAUUUAUAUAUCAUAGUGAGAUUUCAUUCAAGCUCUUUCCCCUUCUUGCCAUGAGGGCUGCAACACUGCAUAUGCUCUUGCUUUCAGAACUCAGAGCUACGAAAAAUCAUUGCACACAUUUCUUUUUAUUCCUAAAUGUUGGAACAAGGCUGAACACAGGCUUGGAGACAGUUCAUCACCUUGGCUAAAAAAA